AUGUAUUCCACUCCCAGCGCCGGCAGAUCUGUCGAUAAUCUGUCCCCAUUGUCUCCUGGAGGCCGAGCAGACUAUCCUUUCCACAGCGGUCGAAUAGGCCAAGGCCAUCCGCGGCCGCACUCGAGACGGAGCUCCGUAGCCAGCUCAAUUCAUUCCAUAGGAGGGACUUUGGAUACAUCGCUGAGCGGCGGCUCGUCUGCUGUCUACGAAUCUGGGCAGAAUGCCAUCUCGACGUUGCUGCAACCCCCUAUUGUCCGAACAGGCCUCCAGCCUCAUACAUCAGCGCCAGCCUCGAGUUCUCACAAGCCUCCCACCGCAAGGGACAUCCCACCCGUUACAUUGACCAACAUACCCAAGGUUGACCCCGAAGAAUUUGCGCCCUACCUUUCUCAGAUUGGCGCUCUUUACGAGCAGCUUCGCCGCGUCAAGGAAAACGAGGAAGAGGAGAAUGCCAAUCGGCGAGGCAGCAGACAAGACGAGCAGGCCGAUAGUACCAGCGAUGGGCUCUUGCGGCCGGGAGCUAGAGGUCGUCUUCCUAGGAAGGGUUCUACGGCCUCCCUGUCCUCUGUGACUUCGGUAGACACUAUUAGCUCUUUGCGGAGGCCAGUAGCGCUCAGCCGUAAGGCCACACAAGGACCUCCGCCGCUGUCAACUAUCCCUACAGUGUAUUUUGACGACGACUUUCAUCUCGAGAACCCCCGUACUUUUGAUGUCGUAAGCGAACGCUCCGAAGUCAUACAGAAGCAUAGAGAUGAGGGAAAUGGAAACGCCGUGGUGCCGAGAAAAACACUGGCAACGAAUGCCAUCCUGCAAGAGAAACUGUCCUGGUACAUGGAUACCAUUGAAAUCCACCUUAUCAACUCCAUCUCAACCGCAUCGACCACGUUCUUCACGGCACUGGGAUCCUUAAAAGAGCUCCACUCUGAAGCGGCGGACUCGGUUCAGCGAAUCAAGGCUUUGAGAAAGGAACUGGAAGCUUUAGAUGAGAGAGUGGCCGCAAACGGCUUGAUGAUGGUUCAAAAACAACGACGGCAGGAAAACCUCCGACAGCUCAGCGACGCCAUUUGGCAGUUGAGAUUGGUUACCGAGGGGGUGGCCAACUGUGAGUCCCUCGUUGAUGCUGGGGAGGUGGAAAAGGCACUGGCCAGCAUCGACUCGUUGGAACUGUUAAUAGCGGGCGAGCGCGAAGAGUCUGGUGAGCGGGCUGAUAUGCCUCGAUUAAGAGAUUUAAGGUCUGCUUCGGUUCUACAGGGGGUUAAUUCGGAUCUCACUCAACUUCGAUUUCGCAUCGGCAAGGCGUACGAAUCUCAGUUCUCACUCAUGCUUUCAUCCGAUAUUCGUCUGCAUUUUGACUCUCUCACAACGGCCGACGUCCUUCUUCGAUGGAGCAACGCAGCGCCAAAAAGGGGCAACUACCCUAGGUCACCGUCCAUCUUUCCCACAUAUUUGGCGGGUACAGACGAAUUGAAAGCGCAGCUAUUGCCAGUAAUGACUGGGUUGAAUCGCGCGAAGCAUGUUGCAGUGGCUGCAGCCGCUUAUCGCGAGGAGAUUCUUCGCGAAAUCAGGAACUUGAUCCGCCGGCCGCUCCCAAGUUCCAAUGACGAUGAUAACAUGUCCAUGAUGUCAGUUUCUACCGCAAGCGGAGGUAAACACUUGUCAAGCCAGGAGAAGUCUGCGAAUCUGGCCCGCAAUCUACGGUCAUUGGACCCAGAAGAUGCAGAGGCACUUCUCAUAAAGAUAUACACUGGUGUGACAGAGACGUUGAGGCGCGUGUCGACCCAAGUGAAGGUUUUACUCGACAUUGCCAGUUCGCUUUCAGAUCAGCCCAAUGGCGAUGGACUCAGAUCGCCGCCGAUCAGAUCUCCCUUGCCUAGCCCUCGAUAUGAUCGGCAAAUGAACAACCCACCGCAGCCAUCCGCGUUUGCAAUUCAGGAAGAGCUUCAUAAAGCCAUUGAUCUAGGAAACCUGCUAGCGCAAGCCGUCGACCUGGCCAACGAAAAGAUUGUCAAGAUUCUCAAGGUUCGCUCAGAGCAAGCUAUCCAUCUCCCACUCGACUUAUUCUUGCGAUAUUUCAACCUCAACUUAUUCUUUACAUACGAAUGCGAAGCGAUAUCUGGAAGAAGUUGCUCUACCCUGAAGACUGUGGUCAACAACCACAUCAAGGAGUUUGUACAAAAGUAUCGCGACGCCGAAAUGCAAAAGCUUGCCCAGGGGAUGGAAUCAGACCAAUGGGGUGCUAGGGACUUUACAGACGACAACACCCUGCUCUUGAAUCAGAUCCUCGAGUGCAGUACUCAUGACAUUGAAGCUUGGACCGCAAACAGUAGGAUAUGGAUUCCUUUCGAGAGUCCGAAGAAACUGAGUUCGGAUGUUGGCUCGUCGGAAGCAAACGGUGCUGGUAAAGAAAAGGUUCGAAACGCAAUCAUUGAGUCAGAGAAAUUCGUGCUUCCGAAUUCUGCUGUGCUAUGCCUUGACGGCAUGGGAGAUUUCCUGCAGUUGAUUGCUGGAAUCCCAUCCAUGACGUCGGAUAUCGCAACAUCUUUGGUAGCUUACCUGCAGCUCUUCAAUUCCCGAUGCUUUCAACUCAUCUUGGGAGCUGGUGCUACUCGAUCGGCCGGCCUGAAGAAUAUCACAACGAGACAUUUGGCUCUUGCAUCUCAGGCUUUGGCAUUCAUGGCUACCUUGAUCCCUCACGUGAGAGAGUAUGUUCGCCGUCAGGCGGGCUCUGGUGCCAAUGUCUCUAACCUCAUGGGGGAGUUUGAUAAAAUUCGGCGCUUGUUUCAAGAGCACCAAGACAACAUCCAUCAAAAACUGAUCGAAAUUAUGAGUGGCCGUGCUGUUAAUCAUGCAAAGAGCAUUCGAGCCAUCAACUGGGACUCUGACACUUCCGAGGGACCACACCCGUACAUAGAGAUGCUCGUCAAAGAGACAACAACCUUGCACCGUGUCCUGACAAAGCAUCUUCCCGAAACGUCCAUUCAGCUUAUCAUGGUGCCCGUAUUUGCAAGUUACAAAACCCAGCUCGGAGAUGCCUUGCGGCAAGCGGCCGUAACAACGAAGGCUGGUCAGAGGCGCAUGAUGCAAGACGUAGACGUCUUUGGUGACAAGUUGCUAAGAAUUGACGGGUUUGGUGAUACUGGUGAAUUCCUCGCCAAUAUUGUCAGGUCAAAGAAAGUCGAGGAGGAUUCAUCUACCGCGACUACAACCGCAACUGCAACUGCAACUAAUGGAACGGGCGAUUUUAAGACAGAGGACAAGGUUGAAUCGGAAACAAAGAAAUCCUCAGAGGAAUCACCAAAGGAGUGA